AUGAAUGCCAUCAUUGAUUCACUGUCAGAUCUGCACUCUGUUCAAUCACCGGAUCGCCUCCCUGAAAUCAACGCCGCCAUCACAAUGUUCAAUCACUGGUUUUUGACAGUGAUGGAUUUCGAGAAAGGCAUGGUGGAUAAGCAGUACCAGGAGAACAUGACGAAACAGAGAAGAAAGAUGUUGAUUUCCGAUUACAAUGGUUUGGUUUUUAUUUCAGGAUUUACGGUGCUCACUGAAGUAUGUGGUUCUGGUGUUCGUCGGACUUCGUUAGCGGAGUUGAGAGAUGCACGCCUCCACAUCCUCCGCACGCCUAUCAAAGGGAAAGAACGAGCACUCAUCAACCCAACUACGACAAUCACCUCCCCUGCCACCGCCACAACGGAAAUCCCAUCGAAAUCUGCAAUCAUUGAGUCCGAUCGAAAGAGGAAGGAGCCUGUAGAUCGGGCCGCUGCUGGAGAUCAUCGAAGUAAACACAAACACAACCACCACCACCACCACGACAAGAAGUCGAAAAUGUCAUCGUCAUCUUCGUCUGAUAAAGUUAGGGCCUCGCACAUACUGAUAAAGCACGAAGGAUCUCGGCGUAAGGCUUCGUGGAAGGAUCCAGAAGGUCGAAUCAUCAGCAACACCACAAGAGACGCAGCUGUCUCUCAGCUCAAGACACUCCGCGAUGACAUAGUUUCGGGGAAGUCUAAGUUCGAGGAUGUUGCAUCUCGUUACUCCGAUUGUAGCUCUGCUAAACGCGGAGGAGAUCUCGGUUCAUUUGGAAGGAAACAGAUGCAGAAGCCAUUUGAGGAAGCAACUUAUGCAUUGAAACUAAGUGGAAAAAAAGGUGCCACUCUUCUGCGAUUAGAAGCAACGAGAGAUUAUUACAACUUAGAUCUCAUGCGCUGAAUGUAAUAGAUUGUAAUCUGCAUUUAUGGACAUAUUUGACAGUUUAUUUGUUUGCAUUCCUGAAUAUUUAUGUUGGAUUUUAUGUUUUAAGAGGAGUCAAUAAUUGCAUCGAAAAAAUAUAUAAUAGAUAAUGAAAGAAGCUGUCUACGUUAUGUAAUACCCAUUAGUAUGAUUAGUUGGAUAUGUUCCUAAGAAAAAUAAAUUAUGUUUCUAAAAUUGUGUAGAGUAAAUAUUAUUUACAAACCUGUAAAUAAGGUGUUUGACAAUUAGUUUCAGCAUAAAGAAAGUUGGAUUGGGUUUUGUAU